GCUCCUGACUUCCGGUUUUAUGCUCGACUGUCGACUGCAAAGGGAUGAGGUCCUCGAAAAACAACAUAAUAACCCAAUGAAAUCGGAAUAAAAGAUCACUCAAAAUGAGCUGGAUUCCUUUCAAGAUUGGACAACCAAAGAAGCAGAUUGUCUCUAAAACUGUUGAAAGAGACUUUGAGCGAGAAUAUGACAAGCUCCAAAAGCUGGAGGAUCAGACGAAAAAGCUUCACAAAGACAUGAAGAAAAGUACCGAGGCUGAUUUAGCUAUGUCCAAAGCAGCGGUGAAGAUCUCUGCAGACCUGCUGAGUAACCCUCUUUGUGAACAGGACCAGGCCUUCCUGGAUUCCAUGACUGCCUUGGAUACAGCCAUGAGAAGGAUGGAUGCCUUCAACCAGGAGAAGGUCAACCAGAUCCAGAAGACAGUUAUCGACCCUCUGAAAAAGUAUGGUGGCGUCUUCCCCAGCCUCAACAUGGCAGUGAAGCGCCGCGAACAGGCGCUGCAGGACUACAAACGACUGCAAUCUAAAGUGGAAAAGUAUGAAGAGAAAGAAAAAACUGGGCCCGCCAUGGUCAAACUACAUCAGGCCAGAGAGGAGCUGCGACCAGUCAAGGAAGACUUUGAGGCCAAGAACAAGCAGCUGCUGGACGAGAUGCCCAAGUUCUACCACAGUCGCAUCGACUACUUCCAGCCCAGUUUUGAGGCUCUUAUCAGGGCCCAGGUUGUCUAUUUCACUGAAAUGUACAACAUCUUUAGCGACCUCACAGACCAGAUCGACCAGGCAGGGUUGACUGAUGAGCAGAGGGAGAGGGAGACCGAGGCCAAGCUCAGCGAGUUGCGUGCUUUGUCCAUUGUCGCUGACGACUGAGAGAGGCGAGCAGAAACACUGAGAAGGGCUCCUUUCAUGCCUCUCUAAAUGGAUUGCACUCUUUUCAGGCUCCUUCGCGCAGCUCAAAGAGACAGCAGAAGCCUUAACCUGAUUAUUAGUUUGUUUCCUUUAUGGCCUCAUCACCCCUCAUUCCUCUUGCACUAUAUUCUCAUGUCUCAUUCCCUCUACAAAAAAACUCUCUGAGCAGCUGAAAUGCCACAUUAACUAAGCCAUCAGCCAAGUGCAACAUUAUAAGCCAAUAUGUUGUUGUUUUUUUCAGUAAGGACUCAAACAAUUCUCGUCAGAACUAAUUAACAAGGUUACACUUCUUGGUUUCAGAGAUGUCUAUAGACAAUUGUUUCCAAAGUAGGAAAUGAGCUCGGAAGUGUUUUUAUUGGUCUCAUCUGCUAUGUCACCCACAAUCUGUGAAAUACACUUUUUAUUACCCAACUCUGAAAUUACAAACACUACAGACUGAAUGUUACUUAAUGUACUGCAGGUUAUCAGCAAGAAAAUGUUUUUCUGGGUUUUUUUGGGCCUCAGCUGGUUAUCUCAGUAUUUAGCUCAGUGCCAUGUUGUGAGGGCUUUUCACUGGGGUGUACAGGAUGGUGUUGUUAGCAUCACCCUUGCAUUUUGUGCCUACAUUUUCCUGACUGUGGAUGUGAAAACAUGCUUGUGUUAAGUGGGAUGGUGAAGCCGCGUCUGAAGGUCGAUCACUGAGGCUGCGGAGAGAAGAACUUGCCGUUUACUGAAGAAUAACUGUCCAAAACAAAGGCUGGUGCUCCCUCUGGUGGAAAACAACAAUCAUGACACACUAUUUCCUUUUGUUCAGCCAGCUAUCAAUUGUGCAAUUGUUGUGCUUCAGUUUGUCUGUUUGCAAGAAUUGAAAUCAUUGAUUUCUAGGUUGCACCAACACCUACACAAGGAAAUGACAACUGCUUUUCUUAACUUAACAAUAAGACAAAAACAAUAGGAAACAUGUUGUUGAAAUGGCAGAGGAAACUGUAGAAGCAAAUAUUUUGUUCAUAUGGUCAGACUGUUAACCAGAGGUGCAUGAAAUGCAAGUAAUAUUUUUUUUUAAAAACAACCUACAGAGAGUCCCGUCUUUGUAACAUCUGCACCAGGGACCAAAUCAAGCUGCCCUUCCAUCCCUUUGAUUAUGAGCUAAGUCAGGUACAGCCUCAGUACGAUGAACAUGCUCUGGUCAAUGGGACUAAAAUAAUGAUUGUUCACAGAUCAUGUCAGUAGAUUUCUUUGGAUUUGUCAUACCAUAAUUGAUGUUUUCAUUUUAAGUUAUCAAAGGAAAGUUUCAAGCGAUGGUCUUUGUGUUCUGUAACUUAACUGUCUAAGUGAAGGUGUUUUUCUAAAUAAUGAAGUUUAAAGAUAAGAUAGUGGAUAUUUUUUAUUAACAUUACAUUUAGUUUGUGUUAGGGUUUUGGAUGUAUUAAUAUUACAAUCUGUUAAACUGUCAUGUCAGCACGCAAUCAAAAGUGAAAUAAAAUGAUUUAAUGAAA